GCGAGAAUUUCGGAUUUAUUUGGGCAGAUAUUCGACGCUCGGGCUGACUGAGAGCCUAGGAUAAUAAAUCAAGACAGCCCAUAGACAGAGACGCCAGUCAUACAGCGCAUAGCUUUCGUAAAUUGCGCAGAGCAAUGCACUCGGCCUCGCCAGCGCGUCGGCAGGCUCCUCGUCGCAGUGGUGGUGGACCUCACGCCUCAUCACCUUCCGCCCCAGGCUCCGGCCCGUCCACUCCCGUCCAUCCACCUUCUUCGUCCGCCAGCGCCAAUAAUCACCAUCCUACUUCGCCCUCUGUGGCCCAUCCCCGUCCGCCCUCCUCGCGCACUUAUUCCACCAAAGAUGUCGCAGCCGCUGUUGAUGGCGCUGCCGACGCGGGUGCUGGUGGUAGUGCCACAAUAAAGGCGGGACCGGGAAAGCCCGUGCCGACUUUUACUUCGUGUUUGAGCAUCCCCGUCCAAGGUGCGCUUCCGAUUUCGAGGUCGGAUAAUCGACAAACACUCCCGGAACAACAGAGGGCUGCACAUGCCGCCGCCGUGAAUCGUAAUCCGAACCCUUCUUCCUCGUCUUCUGCCGCCACUGCGAAUCAUUCCGCUGGCGGUGUGGCCCAUGGUGCUAGUGCGGGUGCCGGGGGUAGUGCUGCGGGAGGGGCAGGAGAGCCGAGGAGAGCACCAAGGAAGAGUAAGACGGAGGCGUUGGCGGCGUUGCAGAGUCAUGCGCACGCGAACGCCCUCGUGAGUGACGAUGGUGGGAUGGCGUCGGAUGCGCAGGCGGGUGCGUUUAGGGAGGUUAUGUUGGAUUUGGACGGGGCGCCGAUCGGGAGUGUGCCUAUACCUGUGAACUCGAGGUUGGACUUUUCGAAGAUUAGGACCCAGUCGCCGAGGGAUGUUGAUGGGGCUGGGUUUGCGAGAAGAGCAAGGGGCGCAGACGGGGAUGUUAGGAUGGACGGUGUGGAUGGGGAGGAGAGUGGGAGGCCGUUCGGGUUGGAGGAUUGUCCGGUGUUUGAGCCGACGGAGGAGGAGUUUAGGGAUCCGAUGGGGUACGUGAAGAAGAUUGAGAAUCAGGGGAGGAGGUAUGGGAUGGUGAAGAUUAUUCCGCCGAAAGGGUGGAAGAUGCCAUUUGUUACGGAUACUGAGAACUUCCGUUUCACGACUCGCCUCCAACGCCUGAAUUCGAUCGAAGCCUCCUCUCGUGCCAAGAUCAACUUCCUCGAGCAACUAUACCGGUUUCAUCAACAGCAGGGCAAUACUCGCGUCUCGGUGCCGACGAUCAACAAUAAACCUAUGGAUUUGUGGGUGUUGAGGAAGGAAGUGCAGGAUAUGGGAGGUUAUGAGGUGGUCACCAAACAAAAGAAAUGGGCCGACAUCGGUCGCUUACUGGGCUACACCGGCAUCCCCGGCCUCUCCACGCAGCUCAAGAACUCAUACACGCGCGUCAUCCUCCCUUACGAACAUUUCUGCGAACGAGUGAAGAACUCUCCCGCGUUGGCGAACCUCUUACACAGCAGAGACCGAGAACGGGAUCGAGAAAGGGAGAGGGACGGAGAGUCGCAUGUGACGGCGGGACAUGUGCAUGUGAACGCACCGGCUGCGAACGUCGGGGUCGGGAUCAACGGCUCGAAGGAGGAUAAGGAUAAGAUGCAUGUCGAUACCGAUCUGGGCGAUCUGGCCAGGUCGAAGGAGACGCCGCAGCCGGAUACGACGACGAAUGCGAGUACGGCACCGGAUAGUCCGCUUACGGAGACGUCGAGUAUUUUGAGCGAGUUGCCGGAGGGGGAUGGGGACGAUGAGGAUGGGCAUGGGCAUGGUGGGAAGGAUGGGGAUGAAAUGCCGUUGAAGGGCAGGCCGAGGAGGGCGGUUAGGGAUGGGGUUGCUGCGAGUAAGGGGGCGAGUCAAGGACAGGGAUUGGCGCAGACGGCGGCGAGUCGUAAGGCUGCGGUCGCUGCUGCGUCGGCGGCGAAUGGGGCGGACGAGGACGAAGGGAAGGAGGACGAGAAGGAGCAACCUUGUGAGAUUUGCCAGAGGAACGAUAGAGGCGAAGAGAUGUUGCUUUGUGAUGGGUGUGAUUGUGGCUUCCACAUGUUCUGCCUCGAUCCCCCGCUCCUCUCCAUCCCUAAGGGUCAAUGGUUCUGCCACACCUGUCUCUUCGGCACAGGCGGCGAUUUCGGAUUCGACGAGGGCGAAGAACACUCGCUUUCGUCGUUCCAGGCUCGUGAUCUUGCUUUCAGGAAACUCUGGUUCCUCGGCCAUCCGCCGCCUAACUCUCAGUUUGGCGCGCCGCUUCAUUCGGCUGCUAAUGGCGGUCCGACGUCACCUGUCAGUGCUCGUGCUGGACCGUCGUCGCCGGUUGGUACUCGGGGGCGGGGAGCCACGGGCAAGGAAAAGGAAAAGGAAAAGGAAAAGGAGAAGGGCGCGAGGGCCGGUGCGGAGGUGGCUUGGGAACCGACGGCAAAUCGGUAUGGGGAUGUGAGGGUGACGGAGGACGAUGUGGAGAGGGAGUUUUGGAGGUUGGUGAAGAGCUCGAAUGAGACGGUGGAGAUUGAGUAUGGAGCGGAUGUUCAUUCGACGACGCAUGGGAGCGCGAUGCCGACUCUCGAAACGCACCCGCUCGAUCCGUACUCCAAGGAUCCUUGGAACCUGAACAAUAUGCCGAUCUUGCAGGAGUCGCUGCUUAGGUAUAUCAAGAGCGAUAUCUCGGGGAUGACAGUGCCGUGGACGUAUGUGGGCAUGAUUUUCUCGACGUUUUGCUGGCACAACGAGGAUCAUUAUACGUAUUCGAUCAACUUCAUGCAUUGGGGCGAGACCAAAACCUGGUACGGUAUCCCUGGCGAAGACGCCGAAAAGUUCGAAGCUGCGAUCAGACGUGAAGCUCCCGAUCUUUUCGAGACGCAGCCGGAUUUGCUGUUUCAGCUCGUUACGCUGAUGAACCCCACGAGCUUGAGGGAGGCGGGCGUGAGGGUGUAUGCGUGUAAUCAGAGGGCUGGAGAGUUUGUGAUUACGUAUCCGAAGGCAUAUCAUGCGGGCUUCAAUCAUGGGUUGAACUUCAACGAGGCCGUCAACUUCGCGUUGCCCGAUUGGCUACCAUACGGUCGGCAGUGUGUGCAGCGAUACAGGGAGCAUCGCAAGCUCCCUGUAUUCUCGCACGAUGAGCUGCUCAUUACGAUAACGCAGCAGUCUCAGUCCAUCGCCACCGCUAUCUGGUUGAAUCCGAGCCUUAUGGAGAUGACCGACCGCGAACUCGCGAACCGCCGCAAAGCUCGCGGACUCCGCCUCCGCGAGUCGCUCGAACGUGAAGAUCGCGCCACCGAAGAACAAUACCAAUGCAACAUCUGCAAGUCCUUCUGUUACCUCUCCGCCGUCACCUGCACCUGCAACCCCAACAUCGUCGUCUGCGUCGACCACGUCUCAUCGCUCUGCAAAUGCUCCAUGGACCAUCGCUCGCUCCGUCUUCGCUUCUCGGACAACGAGCUCAUGGAAACGCAGGAGAAGAUCCAGGAGAGAGCGCAAAUUCCGGAUCAAUGGAAGGCGAAGUUGAGCAGGUUGUUGUUGGAGAACGCGAGGCCACAUUUGAAAGCUUUGAAGGCGCUUUUGGCGGAGGGCGAUAAGAUUCAGUAUGAUGGAAUGAAGGGGCUGGAGGAUCUUAGGCGCUGCGUCGUCAAGGCGGGAGAAUGGGUCCAGAUGGCCAACGAAAUCCUGGUGCGGAAGCCGAAUCGGAAGAGGGCAGCGAAGAGGAAGGCGCCGGGGGACAAUGUCCCCACGUCUUCUUCAGCCGGUCCCGAUGGAUAUGGAGGGUUCGAUGUCCCGGAUCGGCCGGAUAAGAGUCUGGAUGAUUUGUAUGAGCUGUUGAGGCAGGUGGACGAUCUUGGGUUCGAUUGUCCCGAGAUUGGAAUGUUGAGGACGUUGGCGGGGCAGGCGGAGGAAGUUAGGGGGAAGGCAAAGGCGCUACUUGCGGAAACGUCGGAUUUCCUGAGGAGUGGAGAAUCAAUUACGUCGGACGGGACUCAGAGGCUUUCAUUCGUCGCGGACUGCGAGAAACUCCUUCUCGACGCGUCAUCGCUCAAUGUGUCUCUCGAUGAACUCAUCGACGUCGAGAAGAUGGUCGCCCGGGAGCAGUUGAUCAAAGAACUCGAGGCGAAUGUGGACGACACGUCGGUCAUGACGCUCGAGGAGGUCUCGGGCUACCUCACCAGAGCGAGAAUCUGCGGCCUCUCUUCGGAGAACAGACACAUCAAGGACCUCGAGGCUCGUCAGCGCGCGGGUCAGACCUGGGACGAGCGGGCGCGCCACGUCCUUUCGCAGCCGUUCAAGACCAUCGAGGAGCUCGACGAGUUCAACGACAUCGACGCCACCAUUCCCAUCGAUCCUGCCGUUCUCUCCAAGAUCGCGAACGCGAGGGAGAAGGCGAAGGACUACGAGCGCCAGGCGACGACGUGGCUCAAUCCGGAGAUGGGCGUGAUGAAGCCGAAGGUCCAGGACGUGAUGCGGCUCGUCACAAGGGCGGAGAAGGACUUCAAUAUACCUGCCGUCAAGGAGCUCAAGCGGAUGGCUGAUCUCGCGGGCGACUGCGAGAACAAGUGCGACGAGCUCUUGAGGGACAGGUUCGAGCAUGCGGAAGACGAUGACGUCUUCGAAAUCAUUGACAAGUUCGUCAAUUACGCCAAACAGCAUCUUACCGCUCUCUUUGCUAUGCCCAAAUUUGAGACGAUCGACGAGCAGCUUACGCAGCAUUAUCGCUGGCUGGAGACGAUGCCUUGGAAGAAGACGCCGAUCGAUGUGGAUUUGUUGAUGAAGGACAUUAUGGACAAUACGAGGCCGGAGGAGGACCUUCCGCCCGAAGACGAGUUUUUCACCUGCAUUUGUCUCGACGCCGUGCGCCCGCCCGAACAAGGCCAGGUCUCUGACGCUGUCCAAUGCGACCACUGUUCGGCGAGGUUCCAUGCCGCCUGUGCGAAAAGUGGAGGAUCCUGUCCGUUCUGCGACCAUUCUCAUUGGAACGGGACGAUCCGCAAGGAGCGCUCUUUCCAGUUCGCCGUGCUGCCCGUCAUUCUGAACGAGGCUCCCGUCAUCACCAGGUUCUACUCGCCCGAGUGGAAGCAGCUCGAAAUCAUGGUUCAUCGCAUCUCUAGGCUCUCCACCGUCAUCGCACAGUUCUUGUCGUUUUCCUCUCCCGACGCGAACCAGAAGAGGGACUACAUCGGUCAGGUUCGGCAUUAUAUGCGCAAGCUGUACAAGCUUCAGUUCAACAUCUCACCUCGCGAGGACCUCACUUUCGGACUCGAUCUCGCUGGUCUCCAUCGCAUCAUCGCUUCGCAGCCUACGCCUAUGCAGUCUAGGACCAAGAAGCGGCGUCGGCCGAAGUUCAUGUUUGGUCAGGACGUGGAUGCGGAUUGGCUGGACAAGACGAGGUGUAUCUGUCGUGGGAGGACACCGUACUUGCUCAACUAUCCGACAGUGACGUGCGAGUCUUGCAGCAAGAUGUACCACGGUGGUUGCGUCUUCUUCCCCGUCGACCAUACGAUCUACUCCAACCGAUUCAUCUGUCCUCUGUGCUGUCUUCGCAAGAACAGGAGGUACGAGUACGCCGAGUUGAGGGUGAAGGAUAUUCACACGACCGAUGUGGAAACCUACGUCGACACCGUCAGGAUGCUCGACCUGUUCAGCAAGGAGAUGAUCUACAAGAAGUUGCCGCCUCCGUACACACAGACACUGUUCGUCGAAUUGAUCCGAUUCACGCCAGGUCAGCCCGAUGGCGCCCCCAAUGGAGUCCCUCCUCCCGCCACUGGGCCCUCGCAUGCCUCUACUCCUCACUCUGCUGUACCAUCUCCGGCUCCUGCUCAUCCGAACGGCGCUUCGCAUCCUCCUCCGCGACAGUAUCAUCCACCGCCACCAUCGGCUACACAUCCCGCACAUUACGAGCCUCGUGCGAACGGAAUGCAUCAUCCCAUGGCGCCUCCACAUUGGGCAAAGUGGACCGGGAUGCAUGCGCCACCCCAUCCGGCCUCGGUGCCACCCGGGUCUAUGUCUACGGGUACACCGACGCAUUCUGCGUACCCUCAUCCUCAAACGCAGGCUCAAGCACAGGCUCAGGCACAGGCUCAUGCCCAGGCUCAGGCGCAGGCUCAGGCUCACGCACAGGCCCAUGCUCAUGCUAUGUCGCAACAUCCGCACGUUCAUUCCCAACAGCAUUCGCCGGCGCAUUCACAGAUGCAUCCUCAACAACAUCCUCAUGCUCAUGCGCAUCCCACUCAUCCUGCAUCUGCUCCUCGGCCUCCAGUCUCCACUGCUACCAACCCGUCUCCGACGCUCGCGGGGACGCCUGUUAUGCCUCAGAUGUCGCCUCCCACGGGUAGCAGGGCUCCUCCAGUCCAGACGCCGCCACAUGGACCAUCGAUGUCCCAGGCUCGUCCCCCGAGCAGCGGCAGCAGCACUGGUAGGGCUCCAAUGCAGACGCCACCGCAGAACCUGCAGAAGCGAAAGUAUUCCGAGGAUGAUGGACGUGAACGCGAACGCGUGGAGCGAGAGCGCGAGCAAGCUAUGUUGAUGAGGAGUCCAACGGCCCUCAGUCAACUGGAGCGACCGCAAAAACGUCAAACCAUCGCGAGGAGUCCUGAGAUGUCGUCUCGAGGACCACCACCCACUGGUUCGCAGACUGUCAUGCCCACGAUGGGCACACGUCCUAUGCAGUCGUUGUCGCCGUCGCUGGCGAUGAUCAUGUCUCCCGAGAGUCGUGAACCUCGCCCGUCCCCGAGACAAUCGUCGUCCUAUUCAGUGCCCGUCUCAGGUCCUCCAUCGCAUUCGCCAACGCACAUCUCGCCUACACAUAUCACUUCCCACCGACCUCCUUCCUCUCAUCGUCGUUCCCCUUCUCCACAGCCAGAAACGACGCCUCGUAGAGUCAAGGUCUAUGGCAGUGACCUCGCAGCUCCUGCUCCUCCUGGGCCGUCUCUGCCUCCACCUCAGCCUCAGCUUCCACCUACACCGCAAAGGAAGGAGGUACCGCGCGGAAAGGAUGGCUGGCCGGAGCCGGUGCCUCCUCCACCUCCUGUUUAUGGGCCACCGCCACCACAGUCCUCGUCGCAGCCAUGAUGGACGCCGCAUGUGUUUGUCGUGAACUUUCGUGAUAUGUUCCUCUCGCUGUUAUUGUUGGCUUCCAUUUUAUGCUAUUUGUUCCCGUCUUCACCAUCGUGGCUCGAUGCGCCGACUCGCUUUCCAACGGUCGUAUGUCCUCAGUAUUGCCUUUUUGACUCCC